AUGUGCAACAGCAUGAAAAAGAAAAGAAGCAUCGGUCGGCUUCCUGGCCUUGAUCAGAGAAGAACUAGCCUGAGAGUUUACAGUGGCGAUUACAGACUCGAUCAGGUAUCAAAUAGGCAGCCGCUUGCUCGGUACCCCUUUUCCCUCCUUUCUUUCUCCACUCUUCUGCUGCAAAAUCUCUCCUCAUCCCUCUCACCUCUCCCUCUCUCUCUCACCUGUUCUUCUUCUCUCAGUCGUCAGUAUGAACUUGUGAGCAUAUCUGUUACCUUAGAUGUCUAUCUCUUAUUGCCUUACAGAUGGUCUGUUAUACUCCCCGUAAGCUGGGUGGAGGCAUUUUGGAUUUCUCUUGUCUCUAAGGGGGCUCAUGCAAUGGGGUUGAGAGAGAAGCGCUGGAUUUCAUGUGAAGUGGGGUUACCAUAUUUUCCUUCAGAUUUUCCCGAUUGCGAUGCUUAUUUAUGCCUCAAGGAGACCGAAGCUGCUGCCUCUAAUCUUAAAGAGGAACUUCGUCCUCCAGCCAUAAGACCUUUGAGGGUUCCCAUUUUAUCCCCAUGGAAUAGUAUCCGAGUUGCUUUAAACGAAGAAUCUAAUGCAGUUGGAAAUGCUGAAAGUUUUAGGCAGCAACAUGGCAUCAGAAGCAAUUCAUCAUCUAAUUCAGACUCUCGAAAUUCUGAUGCUACAUUAGCCGCCUGUCAUGGAAAUUCAUUUGAUGAGUAUUACUCCAUGCUUACAAGGAAGGUUUUCUUGAAGAGGGAGCUGUCAGAGAGUUUCGAUGGAGGACUUCAAUUGCCUCAAUCUGCUGUGGCUUCGUACUUCGCAGAGCAAUCUUCUGGUAAGUGGGAACUCCAAAUGCCAGAGGACCCUGUUCUUAAAGAAACUUAUCGUUCGUCAAUAGGCUUUGUCACCACUGGUUUUGUUAGAGGGAGCAAGAAGCCAGUAGCACAAGCUUUUUGGGAGGCAGUUGUACUCGCUUGUCUCAGAGAGGAACAAUGGGAUUUGGUGCCAGCUAAACGAAGACGAAGGGAAAUAUAUGUUCUAGUCAGGAAUUUGAGAUCUUCAGCUUAUAGACUUGCUCUUGCCACCAUUGUUCUGGAGCAUCAGGAAGAAGAUGUCGAAUUCUUGUGA